AUGCUUGAAACUUACGUGGAUGAUAUGAUAAUCACGGGAGAUGACAAGGAAGAAAUAGAGAAACUUAAGGAGCCUCUGGCAGCUGAAUUUGAAAUGAAAAAUCUUGGAGACCUCAAAUAUUUUUUAGGAAUUGAACUGUUGAGAUCAAGCAAAGGAAUCUUCAUUUGCCAAAUGAAGUACAUCCUUGAUCUUUUGACAGAGACAGGCAUGUUAGACUGCAAACUGACAAACACUCCAAUUGUUCAGAAUCAUGGUCCUCAAGUUGUAAAAGGGCCAGCAACCAUUGAUCGAAUAAGAUACCAGAGAUUGGUUGGGAAACUCAUAUAUCUUUGCCACACCAGACCAAAUAUUGUCUAUGUUGUGGGGAUACUUAGCCAAUUUAUGCACAGACACCUUGAAGAGAAGAUAGUGGAGAUCCCAUAUGUGAAGUCUGAAGACCAAUUGGCCGACAUUUUUACCAAGGCGGUAUCGGCGAAAAAUAUUCAAUAA